GAGAAGAGAGGGAAGAGGGGAAAAAGGAAAAGGGGGAUCUCUCCCGGUUUUCUAUCUCGCUGAUUUCAGUCGGUGAGCCGACAUGCACGAAAGCUCCCCAGCAUCAUCCACGUAGUCAUCAUCCACAGAUAGAAGAAGAAGAGUCUUUCCAGUUUCUCUCUGACCGAAGGACGCUAAACAUUUUGGUUCUUUCGGGAGUUCUAUAUCGAAUUAAAAUUAAAGAACAACAUUAUGUUAGAAACCAUGGAUCGAUCUAUCGAUCUUCGUUAACGAUCCAAGCUUGGACUUUUGAACAAAAAAAAAAAAAAAAAAGAAAAAACAAGAAAACAAAAUCAAUCAGUGUUUGAUUCACUUGUGUUCGACUCUCUCAAAGUGAAGUGCAGACUAAGUGAAGUCUAUCUUAGGAUCAUCAAAACGGAUUCUACUAUUAGAAAACUCAAUAAAUUAGGUACGGUGUUAUGUACAAAGAUCAGCAUCCUACGUAAGAACGCUUUCUCAGGGGUCAGGUGAAGUGGUUGGUGAAGAUUCAAGAUAAUUGAACAGUAUAAUUCAUUAGUAGUCCAUUCGCAAAAAUGACGGAAACAUCUAGAGAAGCUGAUGUGCCUGACUCGGAAAAUCCUGAUAAUGCGAGCACGUCUUUGAAUUUAGCAUGUACUCCUGCUAAUAAUGGCAAACCACUUCCGGAUCGUGGAACGUGGAGUACCAAAUUGGAUUUCAUUCUUAGCGUGGUUGGACUGGCCAUUGGACUCGGUAAUGUAUGGCGUUUUCCUUACCUCUGUUAUAAAAAUGGAGGUGGUGCUUUCUUGAUCCCAUAUUUCUUAACAUUGGUACUAGCUGGUAUACCAAUGUUCUUUAUGGAAUUAGCUCUCGGUCAAAUGUUAACAGUCGGCGGUUUAGGUGUUUUUAAAAUUGCUCCACUUUUUAAAGGCAUCGGUUAUGCCGCUGCUGUGAUGUCCUGUUGGAUGAACGUUUAUUACAUUGUUAUUCUUGCAUGGGCGAUAUUUUAUUUCUUUAUGUCCAUGCACAGUGAAUUACCUUGGGGUAGCUGUAAUAAUUACUGGAAUACAAAAUAUUGCGUAAAUCCUUAUGAUAGAAGUUCGUUACUUUGUUGGGAUCAAAUGACAAGGAAUCACAAUGUAAUUAAGAUGUGUUCUGUUAAUCAAAUGAAUGUCACCAUCAAUGAACUCACAGAUCCUGUAAAAGAAUUCUGGGAACGUCGAGCAUUACAAAUUAGUGAUGGAGUAGAGUAUGUAGGUACUAUACGUUGGGAAUUAGCUGGUACUCUACUAUUGGUAUGGAUUUUAUGUUACUUUUGUAUCUGGAAAGGCGUAAAAUGGACUGGCAAGGUAGUUUACUUCACUUCACUCUUCCCUUACGUUUUACUUACGAUUUUAUUAAUUCGUGGGAUUACUUUGCCUGGUGCAAUGGAGGGUAUAAGAUUUUACAUCAGUCCAAAUCUAUCAAAAUUAAAAGAGUCCGAGGUAUGGAUAGACGCAGUUACACAAAUUUUCUUUUCCUAUGGACUCGGUCUUGGAACAUUGGUUGCUCUUGGUAGCUACAACAAAUUUACCAACAACGUUUACAAGGAUGCCCUGAUCGUUUGCUCGGUAAAUUCAUCGACCAGCAUGUUUGCUGGCUUUGUCAUCUUUUCGGUUGUUGGCUUCAUGGCUCAUGAACAACAAAAACCUGUAGCCGAAGUUGCUGCUUCAGGACCAGGAUUAGCUUUUCUUGCAUACCCUUCUGCAGUCCUUCAAUUACCAGGUGCACCUCUCUGGUCCUGUCUUUUCUUCUUUAUGUUACUUUUAAUUGGUCUGGAUUCGCAAUUUUGUACUAUGGAAGGGUUCAUCACUGCAAUGGUAGACGAAUGGCCUCAGUUAUUACGUCGACGUAAAGAAGUGUUUAUUGCGAUAGUCUGUGCUUUAUCUUAUCUCAUUGGACUCUCAUGUAUUUCGCAAGGUGGAAUGUACGUCUUCCAAAUCCUGGACUCUUAUGCUGUAUCUGGAUUCUGCUUACUCUUCCUGAUAUUCUUCGAAUGUAUCUCGAUCAGUUGGGCUUUCGGGGUGAACAGAUUUUACGAUGCUCUUCGGGAUAUGAUCGGUUAUUAUCCUCUAAUGUGGUGGAAAUUUUGUUGGACUAUAACAACUCCGAUGAUAUGUGUCGGAGUUUUUGUCUUCAACUUGGUGCAAUGGACACCGGUAAAAUACUUGGAUUAUGAGUAUCCUUGGUGGUCACACGUAUUGGGAUGGUUUACAGCAUUAUCGUCUAUGCUUUGCAUACCAGGAUACAUGUUAUAUGCAUGGAUGAAAACACCAGGUGAUAACAGUACGAAAUAUAAAUUGUUAAUUCGAAUAGAAGAUGAUGUUGCAGCGUUACGAACAAAAAUGGGUCAACCAUCGGUCGAAUUAACACCACUUUAAAAUGUUUAGUCCCUGUUUUUCUCAAUUACCUGGAUCACAGGGAUCUAUUUUGACCUUAUGAGAUAUGAGGAGAAAGAACGCAACACUGCCGUUCUCGUUGCUUCCAAAAAGUUUCAACGCUUUAUGCGUAUGACAAUUGAAUCGGCUUAUUAACUAGCCAAUCUUGUAGGUAAUAUGUCGAUCUAUCGCGAACAGUGCAAUAUAAACAAUAACAAAUGAUAUUAAUAGCGCUAUUUGUUAUUAUUACUUCGGACAUAUUGGAAAGGACGAGAAUUCUGCUUCUAUUAUUAAUCGUUGGCGUUAAAACUCUUGUAAAAAGUUGUGUAAAAAAAAGGAAGAGUGUGUUAUAUCUAAUGUAGGCAUAUGCCAACAAAUAAUAUAUACACGUAUCUUUAUGUGCAAUGUACUCAUAAUACGUUAUUAGUUUGAGUUGCACUUGUAUGCUCUUUAGGUUGAGAAUUUAGUACCUUUAGAAAGAUCAAUAUAUGUGUGUGUGUAUAUAUAUAUGUAUAUAUAUAUAUGUAUAUAUAUAUAUGUACACAUAAACAUACACACGUAUAGAGUUAUAUUACAUAAACGUAGGUAUAUAGGAUAUAUAGAUGUGUAUGUAUAAAAAGAAUAAUAUAUGUCAAAAGUUAGAUUUAGUACGCUUAUAAGAUCGCAUAAAGAAUUAUUAAGAAGAAAAAUCAAAAAACAAAAAAAAAACAACAAAUAAUUUAUUCGUUAUUGUUUAUCACACUUAAUUGUUCUAUUUGAGUUUUAACACCAAUCGUGAAAGAGUAAAUGAAAUGACAAAAAAAAACCAACAAUAAAAAA